AUGUCUGCGGCUCCGCAGGCUUAUGCUCCAGCGGCAGCAGCGGCAGACCUGCAGAGGCAGAUGGCCGCUGCCGCUGCACAGCAAGGCGCUCGCGUGGCCGCGGACCGGGCCCGAAGUGGUUUCUUCGAGGUACAGGCCUACAUUUCAGAGAACCCCACCAGCCUGAAGGUGCUCUGCUUCUGUGCGGGUUUGGCCUUGGUCGGUUUCAGUCUCCUGGCCAUUUUCAACCCUUUUGAUUUCAGCAUCGUUCCCAAGGACAGGCUAUGUAACAUCUACAACGUCUUCUUUGGACUGGUUAUUUGCAUCUGUGACGGCAAGGGCUCAUGGCUAAGAGCUUGCGGCGACCUGCAGGGCAACCUGUUCCGCAAAGCCUACUUCCUGGCCAGCCAGACCGGGCGGAGUUUGUUUUACGUGUACGUUGGGUCGAUGACGUUCCUGUUGCUUCCGGGUGGCAUCCUGAGCUUCUUCAACCGAGUCACGGGGGGCGCAUUGUGCGUGCUAGCAUUGCUGAUGCUGGCUCUGGACUGGUGUGGACAUCUUUGCGGCCGGGAUCGAUACAACCAGAUGGGCGAGGCGCAAGUUUGA